AUGGAAGAUCUUUGUAGGCGGACGCGAGUUAUCCUAAGCGCCUGCGGUCCCUACAAACUCUGUGGAGAGUCGCUUGUAAAAGCAUGUGUCGCUGCCCGAACGCACUACUGCGAUAUUUCCGCAGAGCUCUCCUACGUCGCUGACAUGUCUUACAAAUAUGGGCAAGAAGCAGCUGCUCAAGGCUUAAAAAUCGUAUCCUUUUGCGGAAUCGAUUCACUCCCAAGUGACCUGGCGGUGACCCUCAUUCAGAGGGAGGCGCUCCGUCGCCGACAAAUGCCUUGUCAUGAGAUCAAAACCGCCGUCACGGAUUGCUUUGGAGGUUUCUCUGGAAGCGCGGUCGUAGGUCUCGGCAAGCUCUUCGAGGAGGGUGUGCUGUUUGAUCCUUUCUUCUUGGUGAAGCAUGCCACAGCUUCCCCACCUGCACAUAUCGACUGGCCCACUUUUACAAAACCACAAAUCUUCCUUGCCAGAUACGACGAGGACUUUGGCUACUGCGCCUACAACGUUAUGGCUCCGAUCAACGAAAACGUCGUGCGCUUCUCGACAGUGCUCCAAGGUCUCUAUGCCCCCGGCAGCGCCCUCCGCGGCUGUAGAUUUUCGUCAGGGAAAAGUUUCAGGCAAUCUGCAGAAAGUUCUAACCCUUCUGUUUCUCCAUCUCCGGCGGCGGGUGCCUCGUCCCCCCCAGCGGACGAAGAAACGGAUAACGCGUCUGCUGUAGCUUCUUUCCUCGACGCAAAAGCCGAGGAAGAGAAACAGCCGGCAGCCGUUUCUUCUCCAGCUACAGAGAGAAAAAAGCAAACAGUCCCUGGAAAACAGACCUCGAUGAACACGUCAGAAAAUACGCACGAGUGUUCUAUGUGCCGGCCGUAUCCUACUUUCCUCCACUACUCCGAAUGCGUGGCGCUAAGCUACGACAUCAUCUCGGCUUCCGUCGUCUCGCUCGUCACAUUUAUUCUCAUGUUCCUUGCGACCUUCUCCUUCACCCGUGCUGCCCUCACAGCUAUCAGGUUCUUUCCUAAGCCAGGUGAAGGCCCGCCGCGUCAGUUCCUUGACAACGGCCAUUUUGAAAUAAAGGCAAUUGGUCGCGUGCGGCCAGUGGCUUUGGUGCCUUCGACCGAAAGCGGCGAAGACUUGGAGGAAGCAAAUAGCACAGGAGCUGUGGACGACGAAGACGACGAAGACAGUCAGAGGCGCCGCUACAAUCGCCCGCACCAUCAGCACAAAGAAACCGUCAUUACCGUCACCAUAGGCUCAUCGUUUGGCGACCCAGGAUACAAACAGACGGGGAAAAUGCUCGUGGAAACGGGUCUCGCUAUCGCCCUUCAGCUGCACGCAUGCACCGACCUUUGCGGUGUAUGUACACCUGCCUCUGGCGUCGGUGUCAUACUCCAAGAGAGACUGGUGAAAGCAGGGAUGACCAUCGAGAUGAAAACGAAACAAUUUUAG